UUUGGACCACGAGACUUUCCGUAGAUAAGUGUCAUUGUAGUUAGGGUAGCUGAAUGUUUCCAAAGAAGCCUUUAUCUCUGUGAGGGGGAACCUGUUUAUCGUUAACAUUACGAUGGUAUGAGAAGAGGUACGCGGGAACUUACGUCGGGAUGAGCAGACGUGGUAGUGUGGCAGAGCUGCAGGGUGGACUCCCCUCACUCUGUCCACGAGACCCCCUGCUAAGUCCCGACUCAUACAUGGAUGUUCAGGGGUAUAAGUGGGUACGUUGGCGAGUGUGGCUGUGUCGUCUGGCUGCCCUGCUGUCCUUGGGUGUCCUCCUGAUUGUGUUUCACUGGCGCCCACGGCUUGCCGUCCUCGCCCGCUGCAGCUCCUGCCCUCUGGCUUUGGCGGAUAUUCUGCUUCUCAGAGACAGUUUUGGCCAGCAGCAUGUGGUGGAGGUCCUCACAGAGGAGAUGGAGGAGGGCAGCUUAGAGUUGCUUGGCCAGCUGGAGGAUGCCGAAUCAAGAGAUACAGUUCAGCUGUACAAGAGGGAGAAAACUCUGCUGCGGUUCUACCUGUUUGAAGGACUGCGUUAUGUCUGGGUGGAAAGGAAGGGCGCGUUCUAUCGUGUUAGUGUCCUCAAUGAGGACUGGACUUGCAAAGAUCUGCAUGUCUUCCAAAAGGGACUGAGCCCCAUGGAGCAGAGCUUUAGGAGAACCAUAUAUGGCCCCAACCUUAUUGACGUUCCUGUGAAGCCUUACAUGAAGCUGCUGUUUGAGGAGGUCCUCAACCCUUUCUACGUGUUCCAGAUAUUCAGCAUCACCCUGUGGCUAAUUGAUAAAUAUUAUUUUUACGCCUUAUGUAUAUUUAUUAUCUCUGUCAUCUCUAUUAGUAUUUCACUUUAUGAGACCCGGAAGCAAAGCAUCACUCUUCGCAACAUGGCCCAGCUGGUCACAAAUGUCACAAUACGCAGGAGCUCAGGAGAGGAGGAGUGUGUGAGUUCGGUGGAAUUGGUCCCCGGCGACUGUCUGAUCAUCCCUCAGGAAGGUCUGCUGCUGCCCUGCGAUGCUGCUCUGCUGGCUGGGGAGUGUCUUGUCAAUGAGAGCAUGCUCACAGGCGAAAGUGUCCCAGUGCUCAAAACACCACUGCAGGCUAGUGACAGGAAGUACAGCUCAGACGCCGAGCGCAGAAACACCCUCUUCUGUGGUACGCAGCUCAUUCAGGCCAAAGGAGGGAGACCAGGAGGUAACGGGGCUGUUGCUGUGGUCACAAGCACUGGGUUUUUCACAGCCAAAGGUGACCUGGUCAGCUCCAUUUUAUAUCCUCAGCCAAUCAACUUCCGCUUUUACCAAGAUGCUGUCAAGUUCGUGCUCAUCCUGGCUUUAGUUGCUCUCAUUGGGACCAUUUACAUUUUUGUGAUCCUCUACAGAUCGAAUGUGACAUGGCUGGAGUUGGUUAUUAGGAGCCUGGAUAUUGUGACCAUUGCAGUACCUCCUGCUCUGCCUGCUGCCAUCACUACUGGCACCAUCUACGCCCAGCGCAGGCUAAAGCAACGUGGCAUCUUCUGCAUCAGUCCACCGCGCAUCAACAUCUGUGGCAAGCUCUCAGUCUUCUGCUUUGACAAGACAGGAACACUGACAGAGGAGGGUCUGGAUGUGUGGGGGGUGAUGGAGGGGGGGCCUGCUGGUUUCUCAGAGCUGGUCUCUGAGCCCCGACACCUGCCUCCAGGGCCCUUGCAGUCUGGCUUGGCCUGCUGUCACACUGUCACGCUGCUGCAAGGUCAGCCCCUCGGAGACCCUUUGGAGCUCAAGAUGGUUGAGUCCACUGGUUGGACUCUCCAGGAGCCAGAUGGAGAUGGUAGUGUGCUGGAUGCAGAGUUUGGAGGCCACAAAGUUUUGGCUGUUAUGAGACCACCUAAUCAACAACCUUAUGGAACUUCCACAAACGAGGCAGUGGCCAUUGUGCAAAGGUUUCCCUUCUCCUCGGCCCUUCAGAGGAUGAGUGUGGUGACGGUGGCUCGUGGGGGGCGCUCAGCUUUUGCUUUCAUCAAAGGAUCCCCAGAGAUGGUGGCCAGCCUCUGUCAACCUCAAACAGUGCCAGAACAGUUCUCCAGCAAACUGCAUAACUUCUCCAGUGAAGGUCUCAGGGUUCUUGCAGUCGCGUAUAAAUCACUAGAUGUGAACUCGGACUUGAGUACCAUUGAGCGAGGGGAAGUAGAGAAAGACGUGCAAUUCCUGGGUCUGCUGAUGAUGAAGAACUUGGUAAAGCCCGAGAGUGCAAACGUUAUUAACAUCCUGAGCCUGGCGGACAUUCGCAGUGUUAUGGUCACUGGGGACAAUGUUCUAACAGCAGUUAAUGUAGCAAAAACCUGUGGGAUGGUGGGAUCUGAUGAGAAGGUGAUAUUUGUCACUGCAACCCCCCACACGGCCCAAUCUAUGCCCACCCUGAGGUUCAGCCUGGAAGAAGAAAGGGCUCUUUUUGGGCAAAGUUCAGCAGAGGUCGUCACACAGGGUUUAUAUCAGGGUGGUUUUGGCUAUCACUUAGCUAUUAAUGGGAAGUCCUUUGCUGCCCUCUGUGACCACUUCCCUGAGUAUCUUCCAAAGGUUUUGAUGAGAGCCACGAUACUUGCACGCAUGACCCCUGACCAGAAAACCCAGCUCGUGAAGGAGCUGCAAAAACUGAACUACCGAGUGGGUAUGUGUGGGGACGGGGCCAAUGACUGUGGGGCACUGAGAGCUGCUGAUGUUGGGGUUUCUCUUUCUGAAGCUGAGGCUUCAGUCGCUUCACCUUUUACUUCCAAGACUGAAAACAUCAGCUGCGUGCCUCUGCUUAUCAGAGAGGGCCGAUGUUCUCUGGUCACCUCCUUCAGUCUUUUUAGAUUCAUGGCGCUGUACAGCCUCAUACAGUUCUGCUCCGUCCUCAUCCUCUACACAGUGAAGACGAGCGUAGCUGACCUGCAGUUCCUGUAUUGCGACUUUUUUCUGGUGACUCUGCUGGCCAUCGUGAUGGGGAGAGGAGGCCCUAGUGAGGAGCUGCACCCUUCCAGACCCCCAGCUAGUCUGUUGGCCCUACCUGUCUUAGGCAGCCUCUUCAUUCACACCUGCAUGAUCACUCUAGGCCAGCUGUCUGCCCUCUUCAUCACCACCUCAGAGGACUGGUAUAUUCCACUCAAUUCAACUCAGUUUGGAACGGCCAAUCUGCCAAACAUGGAGAACACCAGUGUGUUUGCUAUAUCAGGUUUCCAGUACAUCAUCAUGUCAGUGGUAGUCACCAAGAGUUACCCCCACAAGAAACCCCUCUACUACAAUGUGGUUUUCCUCUGUCUGCUGCUCAUCCACUUUGGCGUGAUGACUUGGCUCGUGUUGUAUCCCGGACCUUUCUUUAGCCGGAUACUUCAACUGUACAACUUCUCUGACAUGAAUUUUAAAUUGCUGCUUAUUAGUCUGGCUGCUCUCAACUUCCUCACUUGUUUUGUUGUGGAGGUGCUGAUAGACAUUGGUCUUUUGGAAUGCUUUCGACUGCUGCGUGGGAAGCGUCCAUCCAAGAAACAGUAUAAACGUUUGAACGCUCUUCUGUCCGACUCCACGUCAUGGCCACCUCUUAAUCAAACUCUGUCCCCCACAGAUACAAUUGUGCACUGUAGCUAGCAUCAGCCUGGCUUCUCUUGGACACUAAACUAAACCAAACUAUGCUGUGGAUGUCCAAACUUGACCAACAAUGCAGAGUCAUGUUUACCUCUAAGAAUAAACUAUUUUUAUGUAAGAUGCAAGUCUGUUUUAAACUAUUUUUCAGUUCGUUUUCCAAUGCAAAGCAAUUAACUGGAACUUUUUUUUUUUCCAAAUCAUUUUAUUAAAGUAUUUACAGGCAGUUUGCGUUUGCACUCGGCUAAACCCGUCUCCUGCUCUGCCGCUAGAAUUCCCGAACAAAAAUUGCUUACCAGUACUGUGAAUUCACCCUCAGUUUCUUGUAAUACAGUAAUACAACCAAAAAACCAGGAAGUAAAGAUGUGAUACAGGAGGCACAAGCUGAAUUCAACCACUGUCAGAACUUUUUGUAUUUAUGAUGUUGCACCGCUAAAUAUGGCUUUAUUGAUCUCCUCUGUUUCAAAAAGGUAAACAAACAAAAAAAAAAUAAGUUAUUGGAGACAAUGGUCCUUAAAAGCCACACAGCCAACUGCUCUCCGGAUGGGAUCGAGCUGUCUAACGGCUCCAUUUUAGCAGUGGCCCAUCAAUCACCACUCUGUGA